AAUGGAAAUGUAGCGGAAAACGCCGACAUUGUUUUAAUAUUUUGAUUGAUAAUGCGAAAAAGUUUUAGAAAUUAAAAUUUUUGAGUUGAAUGUUUCAUAUUGAAUUGUGACGCAUCUAUUGUAAUAUUAUGGUAAGUUUCUGAAAAACUUCUCCCUUGUCUCGUUUUUUACUUAAAGAACUGGAUUGUCGAUCACUUCCAUGACUUCAAACAAUCAGACAUCGUCUCAACCACAACAAAUGGUUGAAAGAGAGAAGAUAUAUGCUUGGGUGCUUGAUAUUCCCAACCCUGAAACCAGGGAAAUCGCUUUAUUAGAACUCAGCAAAAAAAGAGAAUCAGUUCCUGACCUAGCUCCUAUGCUUUGGCACAGUUUCGGAACAGUUGCCGCUUUACUUCAAGAAAUAAUCAACAUAUAUCCUGCAAUUAGUCCAGCGUCGCUGUCAGCGUAUCAGUCGAAUCGAGUUUGUAAUGCUUUAGCGCUGUUACAGUGUCUCGCAUCUCAUCCAGAGACACGAUCAGUAUUCCUACAAGCAAAUAUUCCAUUGUUUUUGUAUCCUUUCUUACACACUACCAGUAAAACUAGACCGUUCGAGUAUCUUAGAUUGACCAGUUUAGGAGUUAUUGGAGCUCUAGUCAAAACCGAUGAACAAGAAGUAAUUACAUUUUUAUUGACCACCGAGAUUAUUCCACUUUGUUUGCGUAUUAUGGAAGCCGGCUCGGAAUUAUCAAAGACUGUUGCAACUUUCAUUUUGCAGAAAAUUUUAUUAGACGACAGCGGUUUGAAUUAUAUUUGUCAAACUUAUGAUAGAUUUUCGCAUGUAGCGAUGAUACUCGGUAAAAUGGUCCUGUGUUUAGUAAAGGAUCAAUCUGCUCGGUUACUAAAACAUGUGAUACGAUGUUAUUUGCGUCUUUCAGAUAAUGCUAGAGCGCGAGAAGCUCUUCGACAAUGUCUUCCAGAUCAGUUGAGAGAUUCAACCUUUUCUCAAUGCCUAGUGGAAGAUACUACCACAAAACAUUUUCUCGUACAGUUACUAAAAAACUUGGAGACACCAUCUACCAACUCUGUUAAUUCUAUGGGAAUUUAAAUCUUUCAUUUCUUGAUUGCGUCUAGAGUUUAAUAAAAUGAACUGUUAUUUUUUGAAAAUUCUUCGAGCUUCCAAGUAUUGAUUACAACAUUAAGAGUAAGAUAAUUUCUCACGCCUUUUAUUUUGUAGACGAUAGAAAACGUAUCCUUAUACCUGGUAAAUUAUUUAUAAGCUUAAUUUUAUCAUCACUGUUGCACAGCGAGUUGUUAGCUGAAGUCUUCUCAUUUAAAAAUUGCAUUUCGCUUUCCAAGUCUUCCUUUGCUUUAUUUUCCAUUAUCAUUAAUUCAGAGUAAACAUAAAUCAUUAAUACGUCAUCCGGUGAAGUAUGUUAAGUUGUCGUUUUCAUUAAACUCCAGGCGCAAUUUUACAAAGUCAAUUUAGACAUAUUUUGUAAAUUAAAUCCGAAAGAAAUUUUCAUUUACUAAAUUUAUUUUUUUGGAUGAUAGCUGUCAGCACACUAGACGAAACUGUUGAAUAUACAUUGAAUACUUUUUGUUUUGAACUUUGGAGCUCCUAAUGGAACAUUUUGUUAUUUCACUUAUUUUCAACAAACAUAUAUUGACGAUUUUACUUUGUUAAGUUUCUUUUUUUAAUGUAGUUUUAUUUGUCAUUUACAGCAAUACUGAUAACUGUAGUAUUGUAUGUAUGUUUGUGGAUUACCCUAUUUGCAUUUUUUAAUAGUAAAUUUUGUAUUCUCUUUAAGACUUGAUUAUUUUUGUAUGAUAUGAAAAGUAGCGGUCCAUUUUCCUUUGUUUUUCUUUUUUGUCGCAGGAUUCUGUGUUAUUUUAAUCGAGUAUUUAUUUGGUGUUUAGAUUUACGUACUUAUUGAAGUGUAUAAAAUCGUGGAAAUGUAUUUUGAAAAAGAAGAAAAAUUGCGUAUUUUA